CUUUCUAUUAGGGUAAAGCCAGUGUGUUGUGCUUCUGCAACAAGAAUAGAACAUUUCUAAGAAUUAAACAUCUGCUUAUGACACAUUUCUUAUUUUAGAAAAAAAAAACACUGAAACAUAAGCUAUGGGUGGUUAACAACUUGUCAAUUAACAAAUUAUAAUAACUAAUGUCCUGUCAAAUAAAAGAACAUUGAGGGAAACGUGUAGGAGAAAUACUAAACAUGCUGCAAAUGCCACAUUUCUUCUAUACCAUGAGCAGCACCAUAAGAACUGUACGUCUCUGUCUUUGCAGUCGAAAGAAAAUAUAUGCCUGCCCAGUUUUUUUACCUCAAUAAAUCACCUGAGCGUUUAGGUAUUUUUACAUGAAAGAUGAUAAACUGUUCCUUGAAAAGAGGAGGUGGUUAUAGGAAUAGUGGAUGGAGUUGUGGCGUCGCUGAAAAUGGGAAGGCCGAUUCUGAUGACGUUGCAAAACUGUUUGUCAUCCUGUCCGGUAGAGAGCAGCAUUUCACUUCGCAUCAAGUUAUUUCACAACAUGAAGAAAACCAUCACGGAAGCAGAAUUUGAUGUAGUAAACCAAAAAUCAUUCUUUACGAAUUAACGAUCAAUUUAAAACGCGAUAAAGAUUUCUUUCGCCUAAUCACAAGUCUAGAAUCUGCGGCGAUGUCUAGGUGCAUUCGUGUUGUAUGAGAGAACAUUUUUUACAUGACCAUGGGGCACAAGAGAAGAGGUCACACACUUAAAACAUCUCCAUCUCUGGACACGCAGAGACAAUCUGGUGAUGAGAGGAGUUUAAAGCACAGAAUAUGUAUGGUGUCAGACUUUUUCUACCCAAACAUGGGAGGUGUGGAGAGUCACAUCUACCAGCUCUCACAGUGCCUCAUUGAGAAGGGCCAUAAGGUUGUUAUAGCAACACAUGCUUAUGGAGACCGCCGUGGAAUUCGCUACCUGACCAAUGGACUGAAGGUGUACUACCUACCACUGAAGGUCAUGUAUAACCAGUCUACUGCCACCACCUGCUUCCACAGUUUGCCAUUACUUAGGUGCGUGUUUGUGCGUGAACGCAUCACAAUCGUGCAUGCUCACAGUUCCUUCUCUGCAAUGGGCCAUGAUGCUCUUUUCCACGCCAAGACCAUGGGACUCAAUACUGUGUUUACAGAUCACUCUCUCUUCGGAUUUGCAGAUCUGAGCUCCGUAUUGACUAAUAAAUUGCUGACUGUUUCAUUAUGUGACACGAAUCACAUUGUUUGUGUGUCAUACACUAGUAAAGAGAACACUGUAAUGCGGGCCGCCCUUGACCCUGAGAUUGUAUCUGUUAUUCCAAAUGCUGUCGACCCAACUGACUUCACCCCUGACCCCUGUUGUCGUGACAACAGCAAGAUCACUAUUGUGGUUGUGAGUCGACUGGUUUACAGGAAAGGGAUUGAUUUACUAAGUGGAAUCAUUCCUGAACUAUGCGGAAAGCACCCAGAUCUCUGCUUUCUGAUUGGUGGAGAGGGACCCAAAAGAAUAGUUCUGGAAGAAGUUCGAGAGAAGUACCAGCUUCAUGACCGUGUUCGUCUACUGGGGGCUCUGGAUCAUAAAGAUGUUAGAGAUGUCCUUGUACAGGGUCAUAUCUUUCUCAACACUUCUCUCACUGAAGCCUUCUGCAUGGCCAUAGUAGAAGGAGCUAGUUGUGGGCUGCAGGUGGUAAGCACUCGGGUUGGAGGAAUACCAGAGGUCCUGCCUAGUGAGUUAAUGACACUGUGUGAACCAACAGUUCGAUCCAUCUGUGAUGGAUUAGAAACUGUUAUUUCAGGAAUACGAGCAGGAAAUGUGGCGUCUCCUGCUUCUAUCCACCGCAAGGUACAAACUCUCUACACCUGGAGAAACGUUGCAGAGCGAACGGAAAAGGUGUAUAUCCGUGUAUGCAAGGAGCCUGUUUUGUCACUGUCUGAUAGAUUGCAUAGACUGCAGAAUCACUGUGGUGCUGUGGCAGGAUCCAUUUUCUCCUUUAUGGCUGUUCUUGACUUUCUCUUCCUGCUGUUUCUGCAGUGGCUCCGCCCUGAUCACCUGAUUGAUGUUGCUAUAGAUGCAUCUGGCCCCCAUAGUCGUUUGGGGCAGAGCUUUAGUAAGAAGAAAAGUAAAAUGGCAAACCCAACUUUGAGCUCUGUGUCUUGAUAUUUUUUAUACUCAGAUGUUUUUCUUUUUGUGAAACAAAAUCUUCUGCAGAACACAAUAGAAGAUAUUUUGAAAAAAGUUGGUAACAGAAAACCGUUGGUCCCCUUUGACUUGCAUUGGUUGUGUUUCCAUACAAUAAAAGUCAACAGGGACCAAUGGUUUUCUGGUACCAACAUUUUUCAAAAUAUUUUCUUUCGUCUUCUGCAAAUCGCACAGAUUUAAAAUGAGAAAAAGGGUGAAUAAAUGGUGAAAGAAUUUUCUUUUUUUAAGGUGAACUAUUUAUUUUAUAUAACUUGAUGGAUGUAAAAGAACUCCGGGUGUGCACAACUGACCUGUUUACAUUUCUGUAUAACACAAUAACCUCAGGUAUUUAUGAAGCUUUUAAUAUAUAUCAUCAGCAAACCGCUUCGUCUUUGUUCCUCUACACAUCAGUUUUUACCUCUGAUUCAUUCGUAUUUACAAGUUUUCAUACUUGUACGCUGUUCUUUUAUAUUCACCUUAUAUGUUAGUUUUAUAACUGUGAUUAUGAUGUACAAGCUUUCCUGCUGCCUGCCUUUUUACACAAUCUUUAAUAAACUUAAAUAACAUG